GUCUUGCUGAUGCUGACGACGUUUAAAAUCAAAAGAAAUCCCUGCAGGGGAGAGAACGGAUUUUGAGUCAAAUUCAUAGAAGACAAGACUGUUAAUGGACCAAAGAUACGAAGCGCAGAUGGAGAAGGCAAGAGUGCAACAAAAAACCCUGGUAUCUCAUCUUCAGCUUGGACCAGAAGAUGCAGAAGUACCGCAUAUGAUGAAAGGAAAGUUUGUUAAGCCUGAGAAAGCUUCCAGUACUGAAGAAGAUGAGAGUCCACUAUCAUUUCCUUCUGAGUUUCCUUCUGUUCUUCGCACAGCAGUUUACAGGGCAGAAUCUGCAAGAGAACCCAAAGGAAAAAAAACAGAUGAAAAAAUGGCUGUUGAUUAUGUUUUCUCAAGAAUUCUUAAGAAAAGACCCAAACCAAUUGUUUGUCAGCCCACUGAAAUGGCUCAGUGGGAUCUACACAGGAGCAUGGAAUCCUCUGAGCUGAAAGAUAUGAGGAAAAAGGACCUCUCUGUGGCUUCUUUUUAUGAUGAACCUAGCUAUAUUAUUGAUGUAUCAACUGAUAUUUCCACUGAUGGUGAAGGUGCAGAGGAAAAAACUGAAUUUCAAACAGUUGAAUCACAAUUAAGCUGCCAUAAAAGGACAUGCAUGAAAUUUCAAACUGAUAGUGAUCAAAAAUUUGUCAGGAAAAAGUCUCCUCCUUCUUAUGACAAAACAGAACCCAUCAUUGAUGAUGUGAUAUAUCAUAUUUUGAGACUGAGAGAUAAACUUGGGUGGCAGACAUCAUUACCACCAUGUGGACUUGUAACUAAACCAGCAGAUGCAGCUGAUUUUCAGAAGAUCAUGCUUCCGAAACCUUCUUUAAAGAAAGAUGAUGGAGAGUAUAUAUAUUGUCUCAUAAGAAACAGGGAUGACCUUGAAGGAACCUAUGAUCCCUAUGACUUGCAAGUAGUUUCUGCCAACAUGGCUAGGCAAAGUAAAGAAUAUUGGACUAUUACAGCUUCAUAUGUAUCUAAGUUUACUUCAGUAUCUGGAACGGAAGAAAUGGAAAUAACACCAGUAAUGGAGUGGUUAUAUGAAAGACAACUUUACUAUCUGUUACGUAGUUUCGCUUUAUGUUUUAAUUUCAGAAAGAAGAAAUAUUUUAUCCACUGGAAAAGCAAUGUUAAGAGAUCAAAAACGCAGAAGAGCAAAAUGGUGAUGUAUGAAGAACUGUUUUUUGCUGAUGAGAUAUUACAAAGGUGCUUGCUUUAUAUCCAAGCAUUGUGUGAGGAUGUAAGUGACAGUGAGAGAUACAGAACUUCAAAAGACAAAGCUAUCCAUUUUGUAAAGAUAGACAUAUCCCAUACAUACACUUUGGAUGAAUUUUGUGAAAAACAAUAUCAACAAAGUCAACAAGCACUCAUACAGCUACGUGCUUUUAAAGAGAAAGUAAUCGAAAAAAUUCAGAACUCUUUCUUAAAGGUGGCAGAAAGGAAGGGAGCCGAAAAGCUUUUUCAGUAUAUGCCAAAUGAUGCUGAAGAGAAACCAAAAUAUUUUGAGAUAGCUUCGUGGCGGCAUGUUAUGGAUAAAUUUUCUAGGUUUCUCCAGCUUGUUGACAGGAUCUUUCAGGAACUGCUUCGCAAAUUGGCUCACAAUGCUAUAAACACUCUUUUGGAGGUGUUCAAAGGUUCCAAUAGUAUGACUAUUUCAAAAGAGAAGAAGAAUGAACAACUGAUAAGAUCAUAUAAAAGCAUAAUUGAGAGAGCAGCUAGUUUAUCAGAUACAGAAAGCAGAUGUCGGUGUUUGUUUCAAAGUGAUUAUCAACAGAUACGUCAGGAGUCAUUGUGCCAAUCAAAGGAAACUGAAACACAACUUAAAAUCAUUACUGUCAGUGAUAUAGACAAGAUACUGGAGGAUGUGAAAAGGCAACUGAAAGGAGAAGAAGAAUAUUCCCCAAUAUUUGAAAUAAAUAUAUAUCUGAGAAUUCCUUUUGAAAAAGAACAUUAUGGAGAAAGUUAUCAGGAGGAUUGGAUCCUAAAUACCCCAAUGGACACUUCAAAGGAAACUUUAGGCAAAUAUGAACAUUUGAGAAAUUCACUUCAAACUGACAGCAGAACCAAAUGUAAAGAACAGUCGAAAGAUGUUAUUACACAAGAGUCACAUACAUCUAGCAGGGAAGAAAAGCAUAAAGUUUUGGUUACAGAAUUCAUCUCCGAUUACCACAAUGAAAAGCUCAGCUAUGAGAGUACUUCAGCUUUCUGCACAGACAUUUAUCUCAUUCCUAACAGAAGGGAAUUUUCCAUACAGUUACAAGGAAUUGUGGAUGGAAUAGAAAACACCCUUGAUCAGAUUGUGCCAUUUUCUCAAGAUGUUCGGCUGUCUAUCUUCAUCACUCAAUCAUUACAUAAAAUAAUGCAGCAAUAUGAGACUAACAUUGAUCCUGAACCAGAACAGUUUAUAGCGACAUGGCCAAACUAUGAUCUCAUCCUAGGAACAGAUCCAGAUUACCAAAGCAAAAUUCUGAGCCUUUUGUCUCUUCAAAGUUGUUCAUUGGCCCGAGUAGAAUGUUACAGCAGAAAUUUUAUGGAAUAUUGCAGAAUGGUAGAUAAAGCAAAAAAUAUGAUUGAUAAUAUAUCACUAAAAGGAAAGUUGUCUACAGAUGAUUUCAGACACAUCCUGAAAAAUUAUACAUCAGAUGUAAUGGAGAUUGUAUGUAUGCUUACAGAAAGGCGCAUAUGUAUGUUCAAAGUCAACAGUUUUAACUAUCAAACAGACUGCCUGCCAUAUUUUGAGAAACUGAUUAAUAUAAUUCAUUCAUGCUUUUAUGCAGCCAUGGAAGCAAAGAAUACACAUCUUGUAGAAGUCACCCAGGCAGCAGUAUCAAAGUUGACAAAGGAACUAACUACAGUUGAUGGUUUCAUUGAACAUUUGGUAUUUCUCCGUGAAAUUUCUUCACAACUACCUAUACUAAAAACUCAAUGUAACAGUCUUUCGGAGCUUUACUUCAUUGCACAAGACUAUGACAUUUUCCUUCCGCUUGAGCAACUUGCUCUUUAUCAGACUGUUGUGCGUACACUUCAGCAUCUUCAAUCAACUGUCCUCAUUUGUGAAAAAACGAGGGACAAUCAUAUGAUAAAAUUCAGUGAAAGCCUGGGAGAAUACGUUGACAAUCUACAGACUGAACUUAGGGAAUACAAAAACAAGGUGAGAAACCCUGUCCUCCUCCUCAGUGAAACAUUGCCUAAGACAGCUAAAGAGAUUAUCCAAAGCCUCAUAGAAGAAUCGGCAGUUAUUAGUGAGAAAAUUCUGAAUUAUGCAAGCUACCAAACUAUUUUUGAUACUUCUCUUGCUGAGAUGAAAUCAUUGUCAUUAGAAAAGCUGUCACAUGGAAGUCAAGCUGGAGAUUCUCAGAGGGUGAAUGCUGAGUUGUCUGAAGUUGAUGGUGAACUUUCUCUGCGUAAAUUGUUGUGGGAUUCACAGGAAGAAUGGGGCAAACUCUUUUUUAAGUGGACACACACAAUUUUUUGGAAUCUUGAUGUGGAUUUAAUUCAAAGAGAUGUUAACAGAUUCAUGCAGAUCAUUCAUAUUCUAGAAAAAGGUUUGCCAGAAAAUACUAUUUUACCAGCUCUGAAGAAGUCAUUGAUGGAUUUUAAGGAAUUCUUGCCUAUCAUAAUAUAUUUAAGGAAUCCCAGUCUUCAGCGAAGGCACUGGGAAGCUAUACAGAAUACUGUUGGACGGUCAAUUUCUUUUGAUAAAAGACUUGGCCUAGAUAAGAUUCUGGAACUCAAUAUGUUUCAGUACAGAAAAGAAAUACAUGAAAUAUCUAUAACAGCUACCAAUGAAACAACUCUUGAAACAAUGCUGAAAAAUAUCAUUAACCUUUGGCAAAAAACUGAUUUUCAUUUAUCUCCAUAUCGCACUGAGGCAUCAGCUACUUUGAUUAUUACAUCUGCUGAAGAUAUAAUAGCUCUGUUAGAAGAUUCUCAAGUAACAAUUUCAACAAUUAAAGGCUCUUGUUUUGUUGGACCAAUUAAGAGUCUCGUGGAUACUUGGAAUCGUAAGCUGAAUCUCUUUUCCUGCACUCUGGAGGCAUGGCUGACUUGUCAAAGGAAUUGGAUUUACCUUGAACCAAUCUUUCGUGCCCCAGAAAUAAAGAGACAGCUUAUAGAAGAAGCAAGUCUUUUCUCUCAAGUUGAUAACAAAUGGAAAGAGAUAAUGAAGCGUACGGAACAGAAUCCAAAUGCUCUUAAGGCAACAACAACUGUGGGAGUCCUUGAGCAGAUGCAGACCAACAAUGCACACCUUGAGAAAAUACAAAAGGCUCUUGAGGACUAUCUUGAAGUUAAACGUAUGGUUUUCCCAAGGUUUUAUUUUCUCAGCAAUGCUGAACUUCUUGAAAUAUUAGCUGAUAGCAAAAAUCCCGAUGCUGUGCAGCCUCAUCUUGUAAAAUGUUUUGCAAACAUAAGGAAGAUGUAUAUACGGUCACAAGAACAGAGACCUCCAGUGGUUAUAAUGAUCAGGUCUGCUGAAGGAGAGAUUCUUCUAAUACCAAAGGCUGUUCGUGUUAGAGGACCUGUUGAACAGUGGCUAGGAAAUGUUGAAAGUGCCAUGUAUUAUAUGAUACAAAGAUUUAUAUCAGCUGGAAUCACAGAAUGGGAUCAAAUGGAAUUUAAAGAAUGGUUUUUCACUCAUCCAGGACAGGUGGUAUUAGUUGUGAGCCAGAUAAUGUUUACUAUGGAAUGUGAAAAAGCUUUUCUAAGUUUCAAUCCGAAGGAGAGGAUGAUCGCAGACUGUGAUGAACUAAUCAGUCUUCUAGAACAACUUGCAGAGAUAGCAUCAGAUGUUCUUCACUAUCACAAGCAAAGUACAUUAGAAGCAUUAGUUACUUUGUACAUCCACUGCAGAGAUAUUCUAACUACAUUGCUAGACCAUGAAGUCUAUAACAGUGAAGAUUUUGAAUGGAUAAGGCAAUUGCGUUAUGAAUGGCAUGAAUUCAACGCUUGUAGGAUUAUUCAAGGUUAUGCUGCUUUUGAUUAUGGUUAUGAAUAUUUGGGCUGCUCUUCACGAUUGGUUAUCACCCCUCUUACUGAUCGAUGUUGGUUAACUGUCACUGGAGCUCUACAGUUGAACCUGGGAGGCUGUCUUGCUGGUCCAGCUGGUACAGGAAAAACAGAAACUGUUAAGGAUCUAUCAAAAGCCCUGGGAAAACUCUGUCUGGUCUUUAAUUGUUCUGAAGGUUUGGAUGAUAAGGUGAUGGGGAAAAUUUUCUGUGGACUGGUUCAGUCUGGAUCAUGGUGUUGUUUUGAUGAAUUCAACCGAAUUGAUGUAGAAGUUCUUUCUGCAAUUGCUUCGCAGAUUCAGGCAAUUAAGGCAGCUAAAGAUAGCCUCAGUGUCAGAUUUGUACUGGAAGGGAAGGAAAUCCGAUUAAAACCAUCCUGUGCAAUCUUUCUUACUCUCAAUCCUGGAUACAAAGGUCGUGUAGAACUCCCAGACAAUGUAAAAUCGUUAUUUCGUCCUGUUUCAAUGAUGGUACCAGACUAUGAACUCAUUGCUGAAAUAAUGUUGUUUUCAGAAGGUUUCAGAUCAGCAAAAUCACUCGCAGGGAAGAUAGUAAAUCUUUAUCAGCUUUCUGGCAAGCAGCUGACACGGCAGGAUCAUUAUGAUUUUGGCAUGAGAGCCAUAAAAACUGUGUUGUUGAGAGCUGGUCAGAAGAUACAAGAAUUAAAAAUGCACAAGAAAAAGAAAAGGAUUUCUGUAGUGAAAGAAACUCUAAUCAUAAUCAGCGUGUUGAAAGAAGUUAAUUUACCAAAGUUUCUUACUGAGGAUGUUUCACUAUUUGAGGACAUUUUGGCAGACCUCUUCCCAGGGAUGAGUGUUGCAAAAUUAAACCCCAGACGACUAGAGGAGGCAAUGUCUUUUGCAAUAAAACAUUUGCAUUUGCAGCCCUUGGAAAGUCAGAUAGAGAAGGUUAUACAGUUUUAUAACCAAAUGAUGGCUCGUGUUGGUAUAAUGCUAGUAGGCCCUACAGGUGGAGGGAAGACUACAAUAAGAACUAUUUUAGAAAAAACAUUGAUGAUCUUACCAUUAGUGGAUAUAGAAAGUGGCACAAAACUUGAUGUUAUUUUUCAGAAUGCUUCAAAGAGAGGCAAAGUAGACACCUUUAUUAUAAACCCAAAGUGCAUCACUCUUGGUGAACUUUUUGGACAAACAGAUCCUAGCACACUGGAGUGGUCAGAUGGCUUGUUAUCAUCAGCAGUUCGAUCAUUUGCCAAAAUUUCAGUCAAAAAACCUAAAAAGAAAGACCACAGUGCUGGUGGAGGGUGUGAAACGCAGGACUUCUACACUCUGAACACAGUGACUGUAAAUGAUGCUGCCUUCAUAAAUGAUGAAAGCCAACAAUCAUCAGAAAGUUCUCAUUAUGAAUCUAUUAAUGACUGGCAAUGGAUUAUCUUUGAUGGGCCUGUAGACCCAGUUUGGAUAGAAAAUUUAAAUUCUGUGCUAGAUGACACCAGAAUGUUGUGCCUCGCUAAUAGUGAAAGAAUUUAUUUAUCACCAGGAAUCAGAAUGAUAUUUGAAGUAGACAGCCUCUCUCAGGCCAGCCCUGCUACUGUUAGUAGAUGUGCCAUGGUUUAUGUGGACCCAGUUGAUCUAGGCUGGGAACCAUAUGUCAAGACAUGGUUAGAAGACAUUUCUGAAAUAAUAGAAGAAAAUGUUGUAGAGUACCUUGAAAGUUUGUUUCAAUCAAGUAUAAACAAAGGGCUAGACUUCCUGAAUAAACAUAAGAAACUGCAACCAUUUCCUAUACAUCAGAUGGGAAUUGUAAUUAAUCUUUGCAGAAUUCUGGAUUCAUUUAUUAACAUAAUGAACCAAGAUGAAGGAUUACCAUGCAGUGGUAAAAAUAGACGGAGCUCGGUGACCAAGAGCCAUCCUCAUCGAUUGUCAUAUACCGGUAGCAAGCUCACUGCAGUGGUCCCAACAAUAAUGAAGACAAGGGAAGAUCAGAUAUGGUUUUGGCAGAAGUACCCUAAUAAACUAAAUGUAUUCUUAGAGAAACUUUUCAUAUUUGCAUUUACGUGGGCUGUUGGAGGAGUUUUAAGACGAGAGGAUGAACAUGAGGGUGAGACUCUAAUUGGCAUAAAUACCACACAUGAGGACCUUUCAAAUCUAACACGUGAUUUCAACUGUCUCGUUCGUGAUAUAUUUGAAGGACAACCCCCUGCAAAUAUUCAGUUUCCAUCUGGAGACAAAACUGUGUUUGAUUAUUUUGUGGAUUUGAAAACAGGAGACUUUGUAACAUGGGAAGACUUAGUUCCUACUACACAACUUCUUAUUCAGAAGGAGACUUUAGACCUUUCAGAGUCACCCAACUCUGAUGAUAAAAGGGAAGAAAACCAAGAAAAGAAAACAGAGACUUCAGCAUUUGUUCCCAAUAUUGAUUCAAUCCGAUACACAUUCCUAACAAGUCUUCUUUUACUGAAUAAAUACCCAGUACUAAUUAUCGGGGAUUCUGGUAGUGGGAGGACUGCUAUGAUUCAGAACAUGCUUGGAAGACUUCAGAAACAAGGAUUUAAUAUAAAAAUGGGAACCAUUUUAGGAGAUGUUUUUUAUUACAAUGAAACUAAAAAAGCAAGCUCAAUGAAGAAUUUCAUGUAUGCCAGAUCUGAAACAUUUCGUAGCUCUCGGAAAACAACACAGACGUCAGCAAAAGACUUGUUCUCAACUCUGAGCUCACCAAGGGAGGAGCUGUAUCUGGAUUACCCAUCUUCAGAAAGUACAAGAAGAGCUAUAGUUUCCACAUUACAGCUUUGUGCACAUACCAGUGCUGCCCAAGUCCAGACUUGGAUUCUUCAGAAAUUAGUGCUGAAAAGUAAAGACGUCCUGGGUGCUCCACAGUCCAAACAAGUAUUAUUGUUUAUUGAUGAUCUGAAUGUGCCAAUACCAGAGGAGUAUGGAGCCCAACCACCACUUGAGCUAAUCCGGCAGUUUCUGGGUUUGGGAGGAUUUUAUGACACUCGACACAUUGUGUGGAAGAGUAUCGAGGACAUUGCCUUGAUUGCAACUUGUGCACCUCUCAGUGAAGGAGCAAAUGAUGUUAGCGCUCGCCUUCUGGCACAUUUUUGCAUGUUAGUUUUGCCUGUUACUUCCUUGCAAACUUUGCAACGUAUUUUUCAGGUGCGUCUGGGAACAUACUUUUAUAACAACAGAUUCUUGGUUGAAGUUCAAAAAUGCACUGACCUUUUAACAUGUGCCUCUAUUGCACUGUACUAUAGAAUGUGUCGUAAAAUGCUUCCAACCCCAGCAAAAUGCCAUUACAUAUUUAACCUGCAAGAUCUUUUUAAGGUGCUCAGUGGAUUGCUCCAAGCCCACAAGUCUGUUAUUGUAUCAAAAGAAAUGACAGCAUUGCUCUUUGUUCAUGAGUCAACCCGAAUCUUCCAUGAUCGUCUGACUGAACCUGCAGAACAAGAGAUUUUCUAUCAAUUUCUUUCUAAUGAGCUCAUGAACUAUUUUAAAAUUCCUUGGACAAAGGAGAAAUUGAUGGAAGAUUCACCAAUGUUUGUUGAUUUUCUAGAACCAAACACACUUCUGGAAAACAGAAUCUAUAAAAAUGCCUCUAACCAUAAACGUCUUCUUUUGGUACUGGAUGAAUACCACUUUAAAAUGCAGGCAACAAAUCCUGAGAGUACCUCCAUUGUGUUUUUUAAAGAAGCUGUUCAACAUAUAACGAGGGCUGCUAGAGUUUUUAGACAAGCAGGUGGUCACAUGACACUGAUUGGUCUGGAUGGAAAUGGGAAAGUUACCUGUGCAACCUUAGCAUGUUACUUAUCUGCAUGCAGCCUCUACAGGUUAUCUAUUUCCCGUAAUUACAACUAUGUAAAUUUUAGAGACGACCUCAAAAAAGUCUAUAAACAGGCAGGUCUGGAAGGCAAGAGAACUGUUCUUCUCAUCACAGAUUCAGACAUAAUUCAAGAGUCAUUUUUAGAAGACAUAAGCUGCAUUCUAAAAUCAGGACAACUGCCUGAUUUAUUUGAAAAAGAAGAGAUGGAUCACAUUAUUGUAACACUUACAUCUGUUGCUGAAAAGGCUAAGUCCAGCAACAAUGUGGAAGACAUCUACUCAUUGUUCUUAAAGAGGGUAAAUAGUAAUCUUCAUGUAGCUUUGACAACAAGUCCUGCAGGAUUGGUCUUCCGUCAGCGUUGCCGAACAUAUCCUGCCAUUGUUAACUGUUGUACAGUUGACUGGUAUGAAAACUGGCCCGAAGAAGCCCUCUGCCAUGUUGCAAAAAGCUACUUUAGCCACGAUCGCACAUUUAAGAGUGAGAACUUCAUAAAUGUGCUCGUUAAUGUGUGUGUAAACAUCCACAAAAAUGUAUCUAUCAUAACUGAGAAGUAUUUGAAGGAAACAAAAAGGCACUACUACAUCACUCCCAACAGUUAUUUGCAGUUCAUAAACACUUUUUCAACUAUACUGCAGUCAACAAGAGAAAACAUUUUGAGCAACAGAACUUCCUAUCAUUCUGGACUGACUAGAAUCUUGGAAGCAACCUCAGAGAUUACAAACAUGCAAGAGGAGUUACUUGUUCUUGGUCCUCAAAUAGAGGAAAAAUCAAAGGAAAUAGAGGAACUUGUGGAAAGGCUUCACAAAGACUCUUUAGUGGUAGAGCAAGUUCGAACUAUUGUUAAACAGGAUGAAGAAAAUAUGGCUGUAGAAACACACAUUGUGGAAGAAUAUGCCCAGCAAGUAACAGAAGAGCUCAAUGCUGUAUUGCCAACUUUGGAGAAAGCUGUUGCUGCCCUUGAUGCACUUGACAAAAAUCAUAUUGCAGAAAUUAGAGUGUAUAGUCGCCCUCCUCCACUUGUACUAACUGUUAUGAAUGCAGUUUGUGUUCUUCUUCAAAAGAAACCUAAUUGGGCAACAGCAAAAUUACUUCUCGCAGACCCUGGAUUCCUCAAGAAGUUGGUUACUCUUGACAUAGAUAAUUUGCCAGACAAGGUGUUUCUCCAGUUGAAGAAAUACAUGAAGUCACCUGACUUUAGCCCAGUAAAAGUGGGGCUUGUGUCUAUUGCCUGUUGCUCCAUGUGCCAGUGGAUUUUAGCUUUGGAUACUUAUCGUAUUGUUAAAAAGUUUGUAGAUCCAAAACAAGCCAAGGUAGUAGAAGCAGAGGAAUUACUAAAACGUGCACAUAAAAAAUUGGCUGAAAAACAAAGAAGUUUAAUCCUGAUUGAAGAGCAUCAGCAACAUUUAGAAGCAAUGUAUGGAGAAAGUAUUGCUGAGCAAGAAGUGUUAGCUGCUCGAAAAAAUCAAACAAUGCACCGUUUGCACUGUGCAUCUGUAUUAAGCACAGCUCUAAAGGAUGAGACGGAACGCUGGAAGGAAUCUGUUAAUAAACUUGAUGAAAAACUGAAAGGAAUUGUGGGCGAUUCCCUUGUUUCAGCAGCAUGUAUUGUCUACAGUGGAGUGUUGUCAGCUGGGUAUCGUCAGCAGCUAGUGAAUGGGUGUUUGAAACUCUGUCAUGAGAACAAUAUUCCAGUAUCCCCAAAUUAUUCACUAGUAAACUGCAUGACAGAAAAAAAUGAGAUCCGUAAAUGGCAAAAUGCAGGUUUGCCACUUGAUGAGUACUCCACAGAAAAUGCUAUACAUAUUAAGUAUGGACAGCGAUGGCCUUUGCUAAUUGAUCCCGAGAGGCAGGCUUACAAAUGGAUAUGUCAAAUGGCCGGUAACAGAUUGCGACAAAUUCAUGUUACAGAUGCCGGUUAUAUAAGGAUGCUUGAAAAUUGUACACGUACUGGCGAAUCAGUCCUGCUACAGGAUGUUACUGAAACAUUGGAUCCAAAUAUGAAACCUAUCUUAAGAAAGGAAAUCUACAAGAGAGCAGGGCAAGAAUUCAUCAGAAUAGGAGGUUCUGAAAUUGAAUACAACCAUAAUUUUAGGCUAUACAUGACAACACGGAAUGCCAACCCCCAUUUUCUACCAGCAAUAUGCAAUAUUGUGACAAUGAUAAAUUUCACUAUAACAUUCCAAGGUUUGCAGGACCAACUUUUGUCUGCUGUUGUAAUUAAAGAAAAACCUGAGCUUGAACAACAGCGUUGUGAGUUGCUGGAAAGCAUAUCUACUGACUUAGUAACACUUCGUGAACUUGAACAAAAAUCACUUCGACUUUUGCAGAAAACAGAUGGACACAUUCUAGAUGAUCAAGACCUCAUUGACAAUUUGCAGAGAACAAAAAUCACCUCAACAGAGAUUUUUGAGAGAGUUGAAGCUUCAGCAGUCACAGAAACUACAAUAGGGAAGCUGCGUGAAAGUUAUCUUCCUAUUGCAACUCGAGGUGCCGUGCUCUACUUUGUAAUAUCAGACCUUGUUCAUAUAAACUAUAUGUAUCAGUUUUCUCUGGAGUGGUUUCAUAGGACCUUUGAAAAAUCCAUAGAUUAUGUGAGCAAAUUAAAAGGACCAAUUUCUCUGAGUGAUUCAAGUAUUCCUAUAAUUGGAGGAAUUCAAGCCCUUAGGAGACAAAGGAAAAUUUCCACCAUAGAAGACCAAGAGGAAUAUGAGAGUGAAACAGACAGCUUCAAGAGACAUCUUAAUAAUAUAAUUGAGAAGCUAACGAGCAAUGUUUAUAAGACAGUUUCUUCAGCAAUGUUCAGUGAAAAUCAACUUUGCUUUGCUUUCCUGAUGUGUACAGCAAUCAUGAAAAAUAAUUGUGGUAAAGAUCAAGUUAUGAACAACCUUGGAUCUAUAUCAGAGACACAGUGGAAUUUCUUUCUCUACUCCAGCAUGGUGGCAAAUAUUAUGGACACACAAGACUCUGAGAAUAGUGGAUCACAUACAUUUUUAAAAACUCCUCCUCAAUCCUGGAUUACUGAAAGGAUGUGGAAACAAUGCUGGUACAUGGCUAUUCAUUUUCCAGCAUUCAGUCGACUGUGUGAUACCCUCUCAUUAAAUCCUCAGCAAUGGAGAGCUUUUCUAAACAGUCAGAACCUAUAUUAUUUGAUUAGUACAUGUUAUAACCCAGUGUCAUUAUCACAGUCAGAUCCACAAUUAGAAGGAUUUAGUAAUUAUGAUGAUCAGGACAGUGCACCUUUACAUUUUCCUUGGGAGAACCUUUCUUCAUUUGAAAGACUUAUCUUGAUAAAAGUUCUCCGGCCAGAAAGCUCAACCAGUGCAAUACGAGAAUUUAUAGUUGAGAAAUUGGGAACCAAAUAUAUUCGGACUGGAGGAAUUAAUCUGAAAGAAGUAUAUGAAGAAUCAGACUGCAUAACACCGCUCAUUCUCAUCCAUACUCAAGGUGUGGAUGUCACAGCUCUCCUCCUGCGCCUUGCCCAGGAAAUAAAAGGAAAUACACAAGAUAUAAUUAUGAUAUCUCUAGGACGUGGUCAAGGGAGCAAAGCUGAACAACUGAUAUAUAAAGCACAGAUGCUAAGUGGACAGUGGGUAUUCCUUCAGAAUUGUCAUCUUGCAGCAUCAUUUAUGCCCAGGCUUUGUACAAUUGUUGAUUCGUUUACCCAAUCAAAUGCAAAUAUAGUUCCUCAAUUCCGACUGUGGUUAAGUUCAACACCAGAUCCUUCUUUUCCCAUUCCUAUCUUGCAAAAUGGCCUUAAGAUAGUAAUAGAAUCUCCUCAAGGUAUAAAAGGGAAGUUGCUUCAUACAUUUGAGUUAAGUGGUAUUGGAGAGGUAACAGAAGCUAUAUUAAACAAGACUACCUGCGGGCCAUCAUGGAAACGGCUGCUAUUUAGUCUAUGCUUCUUUAAUGCUGUAGCCCAUGAAAGAAAGAAAUAUGGAGCUUUAGGCUGGAACAUCCCAUAUGAAUUUAACUCCUCAGAUCUGGAGAUUUCCAUUCAGAUGCUGGAGAUGCUUCUUGAAAAGCAAGAGGAGAUUUCUUGGGCAGCUCUACGUUAUUUGACUGGAGAAGUAGUGUAUGGAGGCCGUGUAUCUGAUGAUUGGGACCGUCGGUGCUUGCUUUGCAUUCUGGACCAUUUUUAUAACCCUUCUGUAUUAGAAGAGGAUUUUGCUUAUUCUAGCGACAGGGUAUAUCGACCUAUCUCUGAAGCAGAUACUUUACAAGACUGUAGAGCCUAUCUACGAUCUCUCCCAGACACCGAUUCUCCAGAACUUUUUGGAAUGCAUUACUGUGCUGAAAAAGCAUUCUUAAUAUCGGAAGCACAAAAAGUCAUUGAUUCAAUUAUAAGUACUCAGCCAACGUUCAGUACAGACACCCUCAUCACCAGUGGUGGAAAGAGUCAAGAUGAAAUAGUACUGGAAAUAGCAUCUGAUAUUCUAAUAAGACUACCAUUGACUGUAGAAGAUUCAGGAGUGGCUCCUAGUAGUGAAGGUUCAUCCAGAGAAAAAAUUACACUUGCAAGCUUCAAAUCAGGCCCUGUUUGGGCAGCUCUCCUGAAAGCUUCAAAAGGUCAUGGUCCUAUCCAUUCAACUUUGUUAACUGUCUUACAUCAAGAGAUUGACCAAUAUAAUAAUUUAUUGUCCAGAAUAAUUCAGUCAUUACAUGCACUUCAACAAGGUACCAAAGGUGAGAUUAUCUUCACCACAGGAAUGGAAGAGCUUUAUAACUCACUACUGAAAGCCAAAGUGCCUGAUCAGUGGCAGCAACAUUCCUAUAACUCAUGUAAAUCUCUGGCAUCCUGGAUUGAUGACCUGAUUAUACGAGUGAAUUUCUUUGCUAUGUGGGCAAGUCAAGUUAUCACCUGUAUGCAGUCAAGGUAUAAUUAUUUGGUGAUGCAGCAGAGGCAAACCAGAAUGGUGCUUCAGACUAGUGAAGAUGCUGACUUCUUCAGUGACUAUAAUCAGGGACAUCCCAAAUGCUUUUGGCUUCCAGGUUUCUUUUUUCCGCAAGGAUUUCUUAUUGCAGUUCUUCAGAAUUAUGCUCGGCAGAAUAAAGCACCAGUGGAUUGCCUUACUUUUGUCCACAAAGUUCUUCCAUGUACUGAGGAUGAAGAACAUGGUGUCGAGAGAGAAGAAAACAUAAUAAACAAAGCUUUCCAAGGUUCAUCUCACCCUGAAACUGGGGUUAGAGUUUUUGGUUUAUAUCUGGACGGUGCAUGCUGGAAUUCCACUACAGGGGCUUUGGAAGAACCUGACCCACAGAAGAGGUUUUACCUGUUACCAGACAUACAUUUUUUUCCACAAAAGUUCCCAAUCAUGCGUUAAAGUACCCCUAGAAGUACUGGAAUGGCUCCCAGGGGGAGAGGUAUGCAGAGACCUUCUGCUUCUCCAUGCCAUCACUGCUGUUGCCUGAGAAUCACAGGAACAUCAGCUCAAAGCAGCUGGGACCUCCACAUCUACUGCAGCUGGGCAGGGAGGGAGGGAGUCAGGCAACAUCCCUGCCUCCUUUUUGGGUCCUGAUUAGUUGGCUAUGUGCUGAAGAUCAGCCCAUCUCACCUUUCUGUUAUCUAAUUGCUGACAAACUGAACUUGGCAGCUCUCCCUCAAUAGGCUUUGGACUGGUUUCAUUAUACACGAAGUUGCUUUGACAACUAGGAUGUUGCUUCCUGUUUGGUCCUGGCUGAUCCCUCUGGAAAAUUUAUGAAGGAACAUAUUUUCAUACAUUACCAGAAAGCAAAAUACUCUACCCAGAGCCUUUGGAUAGGGGCAGUAUAGAAAAGUAAUAAAUAAAUAAAAUCACCCCAAAUCUGUUAUUCAGUGAAAGAACUUCAGCAUGUGUUUAUCUUCUGGUAACUUGAGACAAAAAGCUGGUUUGGACAGUAUAGCCUCUGGCCCAUACUAAUCAUGUGGGGCAGGAGUAUGGGAGUGCAAAUCUAUACCUCCUCCAUCUGGUGUGUUGCCCAGCUUGCUGCCUAAUCAAGCAGGAAGAUACUUCUUCCCAACCUCUCAUUGCAUGGAUGCAAUAUGAGCUUAAAAUAGUAUUUCUGCAUAUUGGGAGAUGGUUCAGAUGACACCCCCUCCACCAAUACAGAAAUAGGCAUUGGGAUGAUUCACCAGCUCCCAUGCAAUUAGGCUGGACUGGCCAGAGUAUAUUCUAAACCAGCAUAAUGUAUUGUGUGACAAUGACAGCCCCAGCAUCUGCAGAUUUGUGCAGUUUAAUGUAGUUACCCUACAAAACAGCACAACACCAAAUGGUUUUUCCUUUGCAACACUUGUAUUUGCAGUGAAGAGCAAUUGUUUCAUUUUGUGAGCAGGGAGAACCAAAAUAGAAUUUCAAGUGCACACCAGAAAAAUUAUAUGCUCCAUACAGACCACUUAGCGCGUUUAUUAUUACUAAGUCUUCCUUUCUUUCAGCCAUUCAGGCCAGCAGCAGUGUUUCCAAUGGGAGUAUCUAUGAGAAACGUAGGCUAUAUGAGCUUUGCAACAGAAGUGGGGGUACACCUGUGUGUGUUUUAAAAUGUAGACAUUAAGGUGGAGGAU